CAAGCUCAGCAGCGCGCUCCCGGAUCCCGAGCGCCGCGCAAAGGCAGGAGGGCGAUCCUCGCCAGCCGCCCCGCUUCCAAGCCAUGGACCGAUCCGAAGCGGAAGAUCCAGAGCGACCAGCAGCGUCGCAGUCCGGGAUUCGCCUGCUCCUGCCCUCCAGGGAGUUCUUGCUGUCUCGCAAGGGGCUGCUGCUGCUAGCCGAGGCGGCGCUGUCCUUUAUCGUUUUCAUCUGCUUCAUUGCUUCCAAAGCUUCCUCUUUCUUGACCGUGCCGCUGUUCACGUUGCUGCUGGCCCUGUGUUUCUUCUUUGCGUAUUCCUUAAAGCUAAACGAGAAGUUCAAAGCAACCUACUGGCUUUUGGCGUAUUUCUUGUGCUGCGUCGUUGCCGCUGUUAUCUACUUCGCCAUCUCGAUUGCCGCGGUCUCCAAAUACUCUGAUGGGGCAGCGAAGGCAGCUGGAGUCUUUGGCUUUAUUGCAACCAUCGUGUACGCCAUCGAUUUCUACAUGACCUUUAAUGGCCUGGUGACAUCGCUCAAGCAAGGGGAUUCUUCCGAUGCUCCUGAGCAGCACAGGUCAGAAGAGGAUGUCUCUGACUCCGAUUCAGACUAAAGUGCAAAGCCAUCGAGGAG